ACCGGGCACACAAUGCUGGGGCAGCUAUUGAAAAGUGAGCCUCUUUUCACAAGUAUUUUGAGAACAACCGAUUUCUGGAGGCGUCCAUGUACCAAGGACACUCAGAUAUUGACAAGAAGAACAUUUUGUAACAAAGCAGAGGCCACAAAGAAGGUUAUUCCAGGUCGUAGCACAUUCAGAAAUGACAGAAGACCUACAGCAUUUGAUAAAAAGAUUUUAUUAUGGGCAGGACGGUUUAAAAAAGAGGAGGAUAUUCCAGCUCUAUUAUCAUCUGAGGUCAUCAAAGCUGCUACGAGUAGAGUGAGGAUCAAAAUUUGCUACAUCACAAUGGCACUGACUCUGCUAGGCUGCUUGGUCAUGAUCAUCUCAGGCAAGCAAGCUGCUAGAAGAGAUGACACGCUGCUGAGGAUGAAUACCGAGAAGAAGGCCAUGUGGAGGGCUGAAGCAGAGACAGAACUGGAAGCAGCUGCAAUGAAAGCUCAGUGAUCAAGACGGGAUUUAUUUUAGCAGCAGGCAAUAAGUGAUUUAUACAUGUGGCAUAUGCACCUCUGUUCCGUUAACUCUUUGGAGCUUCUUUUCACUGCAAAGAUUUGCUAUAGAAAAGUGUUUACUUAUGAAUUUUGAAACCCUGGUGGAAAUUCCAGCAGACUCGGUUAGAAGCCUUCUACUGAUCUCUGAGCUUUUGUGUACACCUCAGUUGGAGAGUCAGAAAUCAGUAAAUCGGCUUUUUUUCAAGCCGACAUUGGCCAACUUGGAAUCAGCUGAAAAAGAGAACCAGGGUGGUUCAGCAGGUUGGGUGCUAGCCUGGGAUUCUGGAAACCCAGCUUCAGCUCCUUGCUUUACCACUGCCUCCUUGCAUGACCUCGAUCAGUCACUUACUCUCUUUAUGCCUUAGGGUAGGUUUACACUUACC